AUGAAGGCGGUGUGCUUACUGCUGUGCCUGGGGCUAGCCCGCCAUAUUGCAGGGAGCAUCUUCGAAAGACGGCCCAUAUUAGAGCGUUUCGGUGAACCGCUCGAAAAUAUCCAUAAGAAAGUGCAUCAAUUCAAGGACAAGCUUGAUAAGUUCUUGCCUGUCCAAAGAGUCACAGAAAUACCGUAUUCUCACGUCCAAGAACAGAAACAGUACGACUACCCACAGCAACACGUGCCGAAACUACUCGGGAAACUACCCGGAGAGUCUCUGCAAUACCUGGACGGAUACUACCAACAGCAUCCUCGUGUACAGAGGGAGUACAGCAAGGUCCACAGUUCCGAAUAUGACGAAACACUACAAACAAGCAAACGCUCUUCAUCAAGCGAAUCAUCCGGGGAACACCGUCCCGAGGACAUGUACAUGCCUCCCGUCUACGCCGACGAGAAUAUGACUGCUCAAAUGAUGAAGAAACCUGUAGAAGCACCGCACGGUGACGCUAUCGAGUUCCAGGGCAUCAAAAUGGCCCUCGGCCCCCACUCGCAGAUCAAGAAGAAGGAACAAAUCGAAAAACUCUUCGCCGACGCACAGAUGUCAAUGAAACACAUCGAUGAAGACAGCCAAAAGACAUUCCACAAAAUGUACGAGCUCGCCGUCCAGAAGGAAGACGAGGACGUUUAUUUUAACGCUACCCAACUAUUGAAGAAAUAUGGGUAUCCAGUAGAGGAGCACACCAUACAGACUGGCGAUGGCUACUACCUCACGGUGUUCCGCAUCAUGAAAUACACGGCCAGGCGUACUCGCAGCGUGGCAUCGAAGGGCGUCGUCCUACUAAUGCACGGCCUAUACGGCAGCGCCGACGACUGGCUCCUCAUGGGCCCCGAAUACUCCCUAGCUUACUUGUUAGCUGACGAAGGCUACGAAGUAUGGCUAGGCAACGUCCGCGGAAACAAAUAUGGCCGCCAACACGUCUCGAAACACCCAGCUCAGAAGGACUUCUGGCAAUUCAGCGUUGAUGAGAUCGCCCGCGUUGAUUUGCCAUCCCUGAUCGAUUACGUCCUGCAAAUCACUGGCCAAAAGAAGUUGUACUACGUUGGUUAUGACCAGGGUACCACCGCAUUCUUCGCUAUGGCGUCCACUAUGCCCGAAUACGGCGACAAAAUAAUAAAGAUGUACGCUAUGGCCCCAAUGGUGUACAUGAGCCACGUGCGCAGCCCCAUGGUCCGCAUGAUUGCUCCGACCAGCGAUCUCCAUGAGCAACUCAGCCCAUACUUUAUGGAUGGCGAGUUCCACCCGUCCAAAGAACUGCUUAAAACAUUGGGAGGCGAAAUGUGCGAAAAGGAGAUCGGAUGUAGGAAGAUUUGCUCCAACCUCAACUUUGUCAUGUCCGGAGUAAAUUUGGAGCACAUGGAACCCGCUCAGAUUCCGAUGAUCACAGGGCACUUGCCCGCUGGAGGUUCGACCAGACAAAUAAAGCAGUACAGCCAAUCGUUUGCUUCCCGUGAAUUUAGAAUGUACGAUCAUGGCGCUAAGAUCAACAAGAAGAUGUAUGGUUCAGUUCAGCCACCAGUAUAUGAUGUAUCCAAGAUCCAGACCCCUGUCGUUUUGUACUACAGUGAGGAGGAUUGGUUGUCGCACCCCAAGGACGUCGAGAGGCUGCACAGGGAACUGCCCAAUGUGACGGAGUACUACAAAGUGCCAGAGGGGUACUUCGCUCACAUGGAUUACCAGCAUUACAAGAAGGCACCUGAAAUGGUGUACACGAGGCUGAUCAAAUCUAUGAAUAGCUCCUCUUAAGUAUUGUAUUAGUGUGUGAAACCUUUUAUAUAUAAUAUUAUCAUGUAGGUGUGUUAUUAAUUAUGUCUAACUAACUGUAACUUUAUUGAAGCAUAAUAAAUCCGUCCAUAUGUA